AUGGUUAUUGCCAACAUGUUACAUGGACCAUACAAAGAGCUCAAUCCCAAUGCACCAUGCAUGAUCAAUGAAGGUAUGGAACAAAAGCGAUGUAUUAAGGGAUACCCUAAACAAUUUCAGAAUGAAACCCUUCAAGGAAAGAAUAGUUAUCCUAUAUACCAUCACCAACAAGAUGGUCACCACAUCAAGCUAAGA